UCUAUCUCUCUCUUUCCACGCGCUGUGCCGACUCAGUUGGUGUACUCGCUGGAGUUCUCGACGAUCCAUCCCCGGUUAUCUUCGCCACAUCUCCGGUGACAUUGAUUCUUCUUCUUCUUCUUCUUCUUCUUCUUCUUCUUCGUAUUCCAUUGGUCAGAGAAAUUGUGGAUGUUAAAUGUUCUUUGAGCCUUGAGAAAUGAUGAAGAGAGUGACAAAGAAGGUUGGGAAAUAUGAGAUUGGCCGAACUAUUGGUGAAGGCACAUUUGCAAAGGUCAAGUUUGCGAAAAACACAGAGACUGGUGAGGCUGUUGCUGUUAAGGUUUUGGCUAAAAGCAGAAUACUGAAGCAUAAAAUGGUGGAUCAGAUUAAAAGAGAGAUCUCCAUUAUGAAGAUAGUGAGACAUCCUAAUAUCGUGAGAUUGCAUGAGGUUUUAUCGAGCCAAACCAAGAUAUAUAUAAUACUGGAAUUCGUCACCGGAGGAGAACUUUUUGACAGAAUUGUUGACAAAGGAAAGCUAUCAGAGAGAGAAGCUAGAGGAUACUUUCAACAGCUUAUUGAUGCAGUUGCUCAUUGUCAUUCCAAGGGUGUCUACCAUAGGGAUUUAAAGCCUGAAAAUCUCCUUCUUGAUUCCGAAGAAAGGCUGAAGGUUUCUGAUUUUGGACUCAGUGCACUACCACAAGAAGGUGUUGAACUUCUAUAUACAACUUGUGGAACCCCAAAUUACAUUGCACCAGAGGUUUUAAGCAAGCGUGGAUAUGAUGGUGCUGCUGCUGAUAUCUGGUCAUGUGGAGUCAUUCUCUAUGUUCUAUUAACUGGAUAUCUUCCGUUUGAGGAGUCAGAUCUGCCAACUUUGUAUAAAAAGGUUAGUGCGGCCGAGUUUUCAUAUCCGUUUUGGUUCCCUUCUGGUGCAAAGUCAUUAAUAGACAAGAUACUGGAUCCCAACCCUGAAACUCGUUUACGAAUUGAUGGGAUACAGGAGCAUCCAUGGUUCAAAAUGAACUACGAAUCAAUCAGCCAGGGAGAAGAUGGUGAUGUGAGUUUGGAUGAUGUCCGUGCAGUUUUUGAUGACAUUGAGGAUCAAUAUGUGACGGAACAAUCUAAGGAGAAAAUUAGCCCUUUAACAAUGAAUGCAUUUGAGAUGAUCACCCUCUCUCAAGGACUGAACCUUUCUGCCUUAUUUGAUAGACGUCAGGAUCAUGUAAAGCGACAAACCCGUUUUGUUUCCCGCAAGCCUGCUAGAGAUAUACUUUCAGCCAUUACAUCGGUUGCAGAAUUAUUGGGUUUCAAGGUCAAUAGACGUGGCUACAAGACAAGACUCGAGGGAGCGUCCGUGAAUAAUGCUGGACAAUUUGCUGUUGUUUUGGAGGUCUUUGAAGUUGUGCCAUCACUUUUCAUGAUCGAUGUUCGAAAGGCUGCCGGAGAUACUCUCGAAUACCAUAAGUUCUACAAGGAUUUUUGUGCUAAACUGGACCACAUCAUAUGGAAACCAAGAGAAGGCCUGCCAAACUCUGCUCUGCACAGAACGAUGACGUGCUGACCCGAGUAUGGGAAAUGAGUGCAGUAGUGUCGUUGCUCAUGUUCAGGUGUAGGCCGUGAUUGUACAGCAGGCUAAGGCUAAUAUAUACGUACAUGUAGAUAUAGAUACAUAUACUACUACUACUACUACUACUACUAGGUUUUACAGUGAGUGAGAUCCAUCUACUAUGGCAUGUCCUCUUGCUAAUAAAGGUAAAACAAACAUAAGAUAACUAGAAAGUACUUAUCAUUAAUAAUAAAUUGGAGCCUGGAAAACUAUUGAUUUUGGCAAAAUUUUGUAUUU